CAACCAUCCCCAGCACAUGUUUGAUAAACAAUGUGUUGUUGAAUCAAUAAUUGUGAUCCUGACAUUCAUCCAUUUUGGUUGUUGGACGCCACAUAAAUUAUCAACGCAUCAAUAUAAAAAUCAUUAUGGAUCUUAGUGCACUUCAAAUGGAGAAGUUGGCAGACCUCUUAAGGGCGCCAGAGCCUGAGGUUUUACAAGGAGAGGAUUUUCCGGCUACAAACUAUGAAGUUACUUCAAACAGAGAUACAAAAGUUUCUCAAAACCAAGACGUUUCAAAAUACCCGAAAACUAUUGAAGAAUUUGAACAACAGGAAGCUGAAGAAGCCGAAAACAUGGGGAAAGUGGGUUUUGGUGCAGGCGAUCGUAAAACUCCUGAGUAUACCAUGAAUUACCAGCAAUCUGUUUCUGCUGAAGAUGUGUUUUUGCAAAUGGGACCCAAAACGCCAUCUUCGGCCAGUUGCGAGAACCUUGUUGUCAGGGUUAUGAUGCCGGGUGAUAAGAAAGAGAACGUCGAUCUCUCCGUCGACAAAAACAGUGUGACAAUCAACUCUUCGCAGUAUUAUUUGAAGCUCAUGUUGCCCCAUGAAAUAAAUCCAGAUAACUCCAAAGCUAGCUGGGACGGCGCUAAAGAUAUUUUAUUAUUGACGUUGAAAUUAGAUAGAGAGUUUGAUUUUGUUAAUUUCUGAAGGUAUAAUGAAAUAUAUAUUAUUAUAUAAAUACAAAUAUUCUUGGACUUGCUGUUUACGUCGCCUGAAAAGUAUAUGUAAAUGUCUAUGUUGUUUGUUAUAGGCAGCGUAUUUUACAGCGUAACAAAUCAAGACAUUAAUUUAGACUGUGUGCGAAAACUGAAUUAUAAUUUCUUGAAACGAGAUUUGCGAAACAUUUAAUUAACAAUUUACAUUUAAUUUUUUGCUUAUGAUUACUAAGCCUUGCACUUAGUUUAGUAUAUUAACAUAGUAUAACCAUAAGUCAUUGGUAUAUUGGCCAUUUAACUUAGUCCACAGUAUGGGUUUUAGUUUUAUAUGAAGUUAAGUGGCUAACAUCGCCCAAGAAGAAAUGAAACGUAUAGGCGUCACUCAUAAGAAACUUUUUGGAGGGAAGUCAUUCCACAUUCAGUACUACCAGAAUUACCGCGGCUUACAUACAGUUUCACAUUGAAAAGUGCUUGAUACGUGUGAGAUUCAACUGUAUGGUUAAAAAUUAGGUUGUAAAAUAGAAGGCUCUGGAAAUAAAUCGAAAACUUUCAUAAAUCUUAGUCCAUUGUCUUGUCCCUUGAUUCUAGACUAUAUAAUAUAUAGUUUUCAUUUAUAAGCAUUCCUUAAAUUUGGAAUUGUCAACGAUUUAAAUUUAUUGAAUGGAACAAACUGGUAUGGACAGGUGGAUUAAAGAUGAGCAAAAAAAUCCUUGUGGUAGCAAUUUGUACAUUGCAAAGUAAAAAUAAUUGUCCCUAUGUAAGCUGGAGCGUCCUCUGAAUGCGACAAUGAAUGUUGCUGAUUUUGCAAUAUAUGGUUGACAUAGCAAGGAAAUUUUUCAAUUUUUAUUUAUUUUUGAUUUCAGAAUGUCGAUGAUAUUAUAUAUACACACUCUAUGCUACCUGAACAUACUUAUACAGCACUUUAUGCUAACUCUUCUUAUUUGUAUCACCUCCAUCGUUGUUCGCUCAAACUGAAUCUAGUUUAUUUUGUCACUAGCUUUAGUUGAUAUUUCAAGCUAAAAGCUCUUGGAUAAAUUAUUAUAACAGUCUAUUUAUAUGUACAGUUCUUGAUAUUAUAUAUCGUUUCUUCAGUUGCAUUAUUUCCUAAUCAAAAAAACUCAAAUGAUUUAUAUUUUAAGCUAUCCUAUAAACAAACAAAACAGCUGAUUACAAAUUUUAUAAUAUGUAGUAUGAUGCAAAUAUAUAUUUAAGAUACUCAAUUCCAUUUGUUUAAUUUUUACGUUUCUUU